CACAAGUAUUAAAAAAAAAAAACAAAAAAAAAAAACAAAAAAAGAUGGAAGAGAGUAAGAAAAAGAAGAAACCAGAAGAGCAAGUGCAAGAGCCUGAAUCUGAUUUACCAGAAGCCUUACUAGAAUAUCACAUUGCAGCAAAAGAAGCAGCAAUUGCGCGGGUUUUGUUUCAUCUGGAAGGAUUGGAAGAAAAGAUCAAAGAAAAUAUUAAAAAGAAUGUUGUUCUGAAGGAGGAACAGAAGGUGCUUAUCAAGCACUUAGUAAGGCAAAUAGAAGAAAAGGAGAAAAAAAGAGAUGAGAAGGAAGUUGUAACCAGGGAUGAUGUGGAAGAGUCACUGAAAGCCGUUUUUCAGUUUGUGAGGGACAAAGAACAACUUCUUCAAGAUCUGCGCUCCCAAAUUGAAGAAACAAAGAAAAAAAUUGCAGAAAAGCAGCGUGAGAGAGAUUAUUGGUUGGAGUACAAAAAUGUCGGAAGUAAAAUACAUGCUGAGAGGAUUAGCAGUCUGGAAAAAGACAUUGCGGAUGUCAAAUAUGAACUUGAAAGAACUGAAGAAUAUUAUAGAGAAGCUUUGAAAGUUGUGAGAGAAGAAAAUCAGAAACUGUUUGACAGGCACAUGAAAUUACUCAGUGAAAAAGCUCUUAAGAAUGCUGUGGGAUACUUAGACAAAAACUGUCGCAGAGAGAUUGAAGAGAAUGAGUGGCUAAAAGAAGAGGUUAAGAUCUACCGAAAGGAGGAAAGGGAUUUGAAAGCUUCUGUCCAGCUCCUGGAAGAAGAAAAUACCAGUUUAGUGGCAAAAUUGAUUGAUAUCAAACUUCAGCAUUUAAGAGAAUCAGGGCAUUUGUUUCAUACAAAGGGAGCUGGCUUGCAAGAACUUCCUAAGGAUGAAAUGAAAAGAGAAAACAGAGAAUAUGCAGCAAAGACAGAUGGAAAGAGCCUCAGAAGUGCCUUUCCAAAGAUUCGGUCUAAAACAGAUUAUAAGAAGCCUCCAGACAGUGAUGAAAAAUUGUGGAAAAAAUUCUUCACUCCAACCUUGGACAGCUUGUUGUAUGAAGAUGAAGAAGAGUUCCAGGCAUACUCAAAACUGGGACCUCUGAAGAGAAAGCUGCUCGUGGUUGGAAAAGCUGUGCCUACUUGUAAGGAAACAGAAGAAAUGCCAAGCAGGAGCCACAGAGAAGAGGACACUGUUGGUAAAUCAGACGGGCAUAUCACAGCUAAGAUGAUCAAGGCCUUAUUUAAGGAAAAUGUUGAUGAAAACUAGAUAAGCUGUGCUGUUUACACAGAAAUGUAACAUUCUCAGUUCAUUAAACAUUUGAUCUCUUCUGUGCAGCAUGGGGCUUUGAGGAAACUAUUUUAGAGUACCAGAAUCAUGAUUAUAAGUUUCAUGAGGUAUGUCUGUGUGCAGAGGCUAAUUGAAAGGUUCCUUUCCUUACCACUGAGAGAGGUCUUGUGCACUCUUUGGGGUAUUCAGUCCACAUAGCAGCACAUACAUCUACUAAAAGGUCCAAGCGAAUAUUUAGUUUGUGUGGUCUCCACUUGCAGAUGUGGAAUUCCUUCUUGAUCAGACAGUGAAUGGAUAAAUGCAGGCUGCCAUAAAACACAGAACUUAGAAAUACAUAAUGCUGUGCUAAAGCAGAAUUAACUUUUGCAAGCAUAAUUCAACUAUUGGUAUAAAUUGAGUGUCUGAAUGCUUUUUUAUCUGUCUCCACAAGACCCCUACUUAAAUACACUAAAAUGAACAAAAAUUAAUUUAAAACCAAUUUAAAAUCACUAUAAAAAUUUCUAAGGUCUGAAAUAUUUUGUUUGUUUAGAAUUGGCCAACUAUAUUGUGUAAGCCCUUGUCCUUGGUUUGUAGCUGGUCUCUUUGAACAUUUAUCUCAGUGCAUUGAUGCAGUGGGGGCGUUCCCUCUGGACACCCUCUCAGCAGCACACAACAGGUCAUUCCCACAGGUAGGCUCUGACCCAUGCAUUUCCUCAUUAGAAACUUGUGACAACAUUUAAUAAUCUGAUUUAAACCCUUGACAGGAUAAUCAGCUGUUUGGAAUAAAGCAUUUUAAAAAAAACUACAUUUUAAACAACCUGUAUCUCUGUGCAAUAUCUAUCUCAGUGUAUCUGUACUUCAGUGCAAACACUUUUGGUUUUCCAAGCAUGCUCAGCUGUUCCUGGCCAGCAGGUGUCUCCUUGGGCUGCAGGUGAGUCCCACUGGUCUCUGGGCUCCACUGCCCAAGCUCCUCCGAGGCUGGGAUCAUCAGCAGACAGGUAAAGGUGGCAGACUCCGGGUAAAGGCAGACUCCACCUCACACUGACUCUCACUUCUCUGCCACGUGGUGAACAGUAAAGCGAGUUUGGACGUGCCCUGCAGUAACACAGUGGAGUGAUUGUGAAGGCUGAGGUAAUUCCUAUCCCACUAGUGUCCAUGGAAUGGGGAUCUGCACUUGGGCUGUGUGUGCAGCCCUAGACACCUCCCCUCGGCUCCCCUGCCUUGCUUUGAGUGCAGAGCAAGCCCCAUGAAAUGGCUGACUUGAAAGAGAGAUUAGUUCUGCUCAGUGAUUAGUUUAGCUUCUCCUUUAGAUGCAGAAUUACAAUGUGGCUUAUGCUGAAUGGCAUUUCUGUUAAAGAAAGGCCUCUCCUUCUUCCCACCACUGCCCAGAGGGGAUUUACAUUUUCUAGUGCUGUAAAUGUAGGGCCCAUCUCUAGGCUUCUCUUGGCUUACACCCAUAAUGCAUAACACCAUGUGCAAGACAUAUGGCAGGCCAUCAACCUGCGCCUUGGAAAAAAAGAACCCUUUCCUCUUCCAGUCAGUUCAGCCUUUUCCCAUAACACCCAGUGUGGGUGAGAGGGAGUUAAAAAGAAAUCCCAAACAUGCUAAUUAGCGUACAAGCCACGGGCAGCAUGCACAAGCCAGAAGCAACAGCCUUUAGCAAAACAUAUUUAGUGAAGUGUCCCAAAUCCCCUUGAUUUCUACAGGAUUAACAUUAAGGCCACUGCGGGGCUUUCAUAUGGAGAAAGCUGGGUCUUCAGCCCAAGGCAUCUGGAUUUGAUAAAUUUGUUACUAGCAAAAUCUCUGAGAAAUGAGCAGCAUGUUGUAAAACAGGGGGCUGAUCAGUGACUUUCUGGCAUCACAGCCAGUACUUCCAAGCCCCACUUGGAGUUCACUACUCCAGUUAGGACCAAACUUAUGGGAGUCAUCCUUGUAUUCCCAGUAUUAUGAAAUAUUUUUUCUGUACUGUGUUACUGUUGCACAAGACAACUCUAGGAUGCAAGCAAGGGUCCUGGUGUCUCCACAACUACAAUCCGGUCUAAGCUUCAGCUGAGCUGGAGUUACAUGUUAAACUAGAAUAAAGCUCAAAGAAAUCUGCAGUUUCAACAGGAAGAAAAAGCCCAACAAGUACUCCUUGGAAUUCAAAAUUAAAGAAAUACAAGCAUCACUCAUGUAGCAUGGAAAUAAAAACUAUUUUAAUAGAAUUGAGGUCCAUGAGCUGGAAGUGAGAAACAUCAAUCCAUGGAAUGUCUAAAAAGCAUAAUGGGGAGAGGUGUGCUAAGAGCCUCUAUCCACUUCAGUGAUGAAAGGAGCUGCUUACCUCAGCACUGUGCUAGCUUGAGCCCUCUCUGAGCAACUAGCUUGUUGUACUGCUUUAUAGUCUGGCUGUGCUGGUCUGAUUUCCCCCAGCCUGAGCUGCAGGGAGUGUGGGUGAUUUCACUUCUGGUCUGGUUUUUAUGAGGUUUGCAGCCUCUGCUGCAGCGACGUUAUAUAACAAGGCAAUCUUUCCACAGGUUCAGACCUGCAUGUUUUGGGAAAGGAGGGUUAAGAGACUUGUUCCGCAGCAUUUGUUCUUGUUUGGCUGCUUUCUGAGAGAGAAGUUAUUAGACGCUCUGCUUCUGUGGACUAAAAGGAGUUUGCCAGAAUAAGGUCAAGGCAGAAGGUAAUGGACUGAAAAGUUACACUAGAGUGACAAGCACAGAACAGAGAAUCUAUUGGUGUUAGCGUCUUUAGCCACUGAUGUUUUGCAGCUGGAUGUUCCUCCAAAAAAAUGCUUUUCCUUGGAUUUUUGAGUCAACUGUGAAAGUAAGGAUGUUUUUUGCAAUACUACAUUUCGGAGCUCGUGUUCUGCAGUCUCUCACAAACACCCUCUUAUUUUAGGACACAACAUGGCAACAAGAGGCCAACAACUGUUCCCAUUUGUUGACAACUGAGCAUUGAGCCAUGCUGAAAACUAGGAUUUAACAUGAUGCUGGAUCUUUGCUCGCUUAGUGAUUAAAGUAAAACAAGAAGCUAAAAUUGUAUUAAAUACUGCUUUUCUAAAAAACUCCAGUACUUGGGCAAUUGUUGUAGCUGGCAUAGGGAAAUUCAGUAGUUACUGCCAAGAACAAAGCGGAGAUCCAUGCUAUGAAAGUAAACCCAAGACCCCAGUGCUCCUUGUGUACCGCAGCUGCCGGAUAUCCAAAGCACUGUGCUUGCAUACAACACAUUCUCUGUAGCCAUUAUCACCUCACAUAGAAAUUUAAGCAAGUUGGCUCUUUGUUCCAAGGCUUUUUGAUCUUUGCUUCAGGAAAUUUCAUCAUCAGAGAAGCAAGAAAAUAAUUAAAUGUGUUUUACUCACUCCUAGACUGAUCUAUUACCUUAGGGAGGCCAUCUCUCAUCAUAUUACUCAACCUUCAGGUACAAAAAGGUGCUGAGUAGGUGGCAGCAAUGUUACACCUUCAGGGAAUCUGCCCAAGGUUUUCUCCUCCUCACUCAUUCUCCUGAUCCAGCCAGGAUGCAGCUGCACAAUCAGCUAAGUCCCUCUGCUCUCCAGUUUGAACUUGGAAAACAGCAGCAUCUCACAGAUUUUUCUUGUUGGGCAAACUCAGUUGAAAGACGUCAAGCUUGUUUCUGCUCUCUCCACUGUCGUGUUACAGCUCCAAAGGUCAAGUCAAGAGAUUGACAACAGGCCAAGGAGCAAACUCUUGUUCAGUUUACAUAUGCUGCCAUUAGCACUGCUCCUUUGUCUGUAUUCAGCACAUUUUUUCACUGCCCCUCACAUUAUCUUGUCAAUCUUCUGCUCCCAUCAGCAUUUACUAUCGUUUCCAGUGUUUUUAGCACUUAAUUCUCAUCUCUCUGCCACAAUCUUUAUCUCAAUUAUGUCAUGGCCUUUAAGUUGCAAUUCAUUUAUGUUGCUACAAAAUUUGUGUCAGGCUCUGGAAAUGGGCACUUUUUGUCUAAUGAAAGAUGCAGGGUUUGACCCUGUCCCUUUUUCUUGCUGAAGGGCUGUUUGGCAGCUGGGAACGUCUGUGACUUAUUCUGGCAGUUGGCUGAAUGGAACCUCUGAUGUCAAAAAGUCACGCGAAGACAGACUUUAAACAUGUCCUGAGGUACCAGCUCAGUUUAGUUUGUGACUUUGAAACAAAGAAGAGAAGCAGCUAAGGAAUUUAGAUCUGCCUUGAUAUGAGGACUCCAUAUUUAUGCUGUUGAAGAACUCAGUUAGGAGCUGUUCAAAUUCUUGUUCUGGCAAAAGUAAUUGUCUCAAGAGGUAAAUCCAGUUGUUUUCAUUAUAUAAUUCCCUGAUUAAAAAAAAAAAAAAAUGGUGAUUAUUCUGACAUACCGGUUCCCUACACAAAGCUUCAAGAGGAACCACAUCCCUCUAACAAAGCACUCCACCGUCCUCUGCUUGCUAAGGCAGUCAGCCUCUCUACACAGUUUGCUCCUGUAGAUUAAUCAGCCUUUCAACUCAAUUCUGAAGAGAACAAGGUUUUCACUACCCCCUAUUAUUGAAAAGUGCCAGUAAUUAAAAAACAAAAUACGUCUGUGUGCUGUGCUUUUUAAAUUAAACUGAGUGUUAUUUUGGUGAUACUGAAAGCAAACACUUACUGGGAACAAAGCAAAUGAGAAAACACUACUCAGGAAAAUUCUCAAGCCAGUUUGUCUCUGAAGAGUAAACCAAAGAGCAAGGGUUUUUAGCAAAGCCUUCAGCAAGAGGGCCUAAUCUGCACAGCAGCUGUUUCAAGGAACACAGAGCAACAACGAGUGAGCAGUAAUGGGUAACAGGAGUUUAGCACCCCUGCAGAAGACAUGGGCUUGGGUGUUCACAAUUCUUUGGUGCUUUCAGGAUUUGCAGCCUCAAGUCCACAGCCACACAAAGAGUCCAAGGGAUCAAAGAGACCUAGGAACACAUCUAUCCUCAGCCAAAAGCCUCAAGUCAGACUCUCCAGAGAGCACCAGAGACCUAAGAAGGUUAGCAUCUGUUUUAUCAUAACCCAGCUCAUCAGGCUCUGGAGGAGGAUGAAGGGUCUACCUUCUUCCUUCACACAAGGUCUGAACAAUCUGUACCCUGGUACUUACUGAGGUAGAUAACAGGUCACAGAUGUGCACCUUUUUUCCAGCUGGCCCCCAACUCAAACAACUCACCUUUUUUAUAUUCUGACCACAAACAAACUGACCCACACUGAAAGCCCCAGUGGUAGGAAAGCAAAAUUUUAGUAAAUGUGUAUGAAACUGCUGAGAUCUGGGUAUGUGUAUUACAUACUCUGUAAUAGGUUCAGGGUUCUUUGAAUUCAUGCUUUGAGAAAGAAACUUUAAAUCUACUGACCUGUACUGCUCAGUUUAUGAUACCCUGGCCUCCAGGACAAGCCUCAGGUUGUUGUGAGGAGGAAAAUUCCACUUCUAUCAACUCUUCCUGUGUCUAAUUACAGAAGGUGGUCUCAGCAAACUGUUCAUAGCUUUUCCAGCACUACCUUCUGCUGUAAGAUUAGGGAAGAUAAUAACAAUUUUUGGGGACAUAUUUAUGCUUCUUGCUCAGUUAUGAACAGUACAAGUUUAUUGCCAUGAAUCGUUUGAAAAACUAGAAGGUGGUGAAAUAUCACGUUAGGUCAGGAAGGAGGAGACACCUUGUCACUGAGGUGUCCACUGAGGCUGUCCACGAUGCCAGCCCAGGAAAGAGGCUGCAUGGAUCAUGUCAGCCACAGGUUCAGAGUGCUGCACUGCCUGCAAUACAAUAUGCACAUAUGAAAUACAUUUGGUAUUUUAUUAAGUAAACAACGCAAUUAUCAGUGCACAUUUUAAGCAGCAAAAAGAAAAGAAGCACCUCAGACUUUCAUACCGUAACAAAAGUUCUGUGGAAGCUGCAUUUUAUUUGAAAAUCCACCCAUUUUUGCUAACAUACAUUUUAAUAUUUUAAACAAAAAUAGAAUCUGCAGAGACAAUGCAGCAAGUAUGCUUAAUUCAUGUACAGAAUUGCUUUCGUAUCAUUGACUAUCCUUCUGAAGGCCCCACUGCACCCAAAAGUUAUGGUAUAUUUACACAAAGCACCGAUCAACAGUGCUACUUUAAUUCCUCGUGAACUAAAUACCCACUAGACAUAUGUAAGGAAGCUACUUCCCCUUUUUUACUUUUAAAAGGUACAUGAUCAUGAACGAGCCCAAUGAAAAGGCUUUCCCCCCCAACACACAACACCUCAAUUUAUUUUUUUUUACAGAAAAGAAGGAAAGUCUUAAAAAUGAAAGCAAUUCCUCACAUUCAUCUUGGAAAGGCCUUAUAAUGUCAAAUGUAAAAAUAAUGACAUGCCAAGCACGAAGCAAUAAAGUUCCUUCCCAAUGCACUAAUGCUGAAUUAAAAAUGUAGUGCUUCUUCUAGUCAGUUAACUGUUCCCUUGCAAAAUCCUAGGCACAGAAUUGACUAUAAGGAUUAAUGUGUUUUACAGCUCUUCCCUAAUUCCCAUAUAUACUGAGAAUUCAUUAGAUUCAGACCUUUAAAAUAUUUAGUGCUCUGUAUGUCAGCUGAAAAGCAUUCUGAAUCAGAUUCAUUCUUUGUGGAUAAAAAUCAGACAUACUGUAUACAUCCAUACUCAUUUUCAUAAGGAGGUUUUUUUUGAUACAAUAUUAAUGUUAAAUUGAUAAUCAUAAAUAAAUA